AUGCCAAUACGGCGAACGAAACCUAGGGUUCCGAUAAUGACGUCGCCGGAAUCAAUCUUCACGGCGAUUAACCAGAUUGAUGAGAAAAAGGACAAACUGAAGAAAGCUUUUGAUGAUCUUCAAGCUCACCGAUCUCUCCUUUCACCAUCUUUCAACCUUUCCUGGUUCGAGAUUGACUCUCACUUUUCCUCGCUCCAGUCUUCACUGUUUAACCGCUUGCGCCUCCUUCAAUCAGCCGCGAGUUGUCCAGAUUCCGACGAAAUCGAAACCUCCAAGGCGGAUACGAUGACGGUUAAUUGGCCGGAAUUGAAAACGUUUUGUGAGAAGAUGGACGGUAAAGGUUUGGGAAAGUUCAUGAUUGAAAAUUCGAAGAAGCGUGUUUCUAUCAAUCUGGAGCUUCCUGCAGCGAUUCGAUGCUCGAUGAAUCCAGCAGCUUUGGUUCUAGACGCGAUUGAAGGUUCCUACCAUUGUUGUUCUUCUUCAUUCGCCAGACGAAUCGAUGAAACAAGGAUUUUUGUUUUGUUAUUGGAAGCUUUGAUUGAGAUCAAUGCUAAUCUUACAAACGAUUUGAGAGAACGAGCAAGAGCGCUUGCUUAUGAUUGGAAAUCGAAUAUAGGUAACAAACCAUCAGAAGCAUUAGGGUUUCUACAUUUGGUUGCAGCUUUUGAAUUAGGAUCUUUGUUCGAAAUCAAAGAGCUUGCUGAUUACAUUUUCAUGAUCUCUAAGCAUAAACAAGCAAUUUCCAUUUGUAAGAAGAUUGGUUUAGAUAGAAAGAGAAUCGGAACUCUCAUUCAGAAAUUCUUGCAUACUGGGAGAUUACUUGUUGCGAUUCGAUUCAUUUAUGAGUUUGAGAUGACUGGUAAAUUCAAACCGGUUUUGAUAUUGAAAACUAGCUUGAAGAACUCUAGAGAAGCUGCUAAGAGAGUUUGCGCCGAAGGGAAUUACUCUCUCAAGGCACAGAACGAAGCUACUGAUAAAGAGCUUAGUGCAUUGAGGUUGGUGAUCAAAGUUGUCAAGGAGAGAAACCUCGAAUCCGAGUUUUUACAAGAGAAACUCGAAGAAUGCGUUCGAGAGUUGGAGGAUCAGAAAGCCCAGAGGAGGAAGUGUGCGACUAAGUUGGCCUCUCCUGCUAGUGCUAAUCCCCAACAUUUACAACAACAACUCGAUAAUAAGCGCCCUCGAGUUGCUAAUGCCGACUACAUCCCAAUGCCACUUUUGCCUGAUCCUAACCACAACUUACAAGUGAACCAAUAUGGUCUUGUGAACUCAACACUACCUGGUGUUGCUAUCCCAUUGACCGGGCUAUACGGCUCUGCUCCAAUUUCUGUGCCGAGUCCAUCUCCAGCUUUACAACCUGUCUGCUAUGAGCAGCAAACUGGUUAUGGUGGAUAUACUCAAUACCACCAUCCUUACUAUCCUGAGUAG